AUGGGGGUUCUCAAGAGGUCGAGCAGGAUCGGCAACAGGCUCCCUGGCCCCCAGCCCAAGCCGCCCGUGGACGCCCAGCCGAUCACGUUGGCAGUUCUGGCGCCGCUGACGGCCGCCGAAGUCGGCGCAUCGAUCAAGAAGAGAUUGGCGGACUACGACAGCGGGGUUUACAUCCAGAACCUCGCUGUCGUAGUCAAAUUGGGAAGGCACCUCUCGACGGCACGCAGACUCUCGAGGAAUCUCCCGUCAUCUCCCAAGGACUUGCAAGACCUCGAGAGUCUGAAAAAGAGCCUCUCGCGACUGUUCUGA